GCAGCAGCAGCGCGUCCAUCCAUCCAUCCUGCUGCCGCCGUGGAGGAGCCGGGAGCGUGGAGCCGCGAGGAGCCACCGAGAGAGAGACAGAGACAGAGAAAGAGAGAGAGAAGAUGGACGGAGUGGGAUCGUUCGGAGCGGGCCGAGCCGGGUCCACUAUCGACCCGAUUACCUUCAUCAAACAGCCGCAGACCAUCCUCAGAGUGCUGUCCUGGAUAUUUUCCCUGGUGGUCUUUGCCUCCAUCGUGAACGAGGGCUAUGUCAACAUGGGCAGCGAGCGUCUCCACUGCGUCUUCAAUAAGAACGGAGACGCGUGCAACUACGGCGUGUUCGUGGGCCUGGUGGGCCUGCUGGCGUGCUCCUUCUUCUUCCUGCUCGACUACAAGUUCUCCUCCAUCAGCUCCGUCAAAGACAGGAAGAAGGCUAUAAUGCUUGAGAUCGGCUUCUCGGGUUUCUGGACCUUCCUGUACUUUGUCAGUUUCUGCUUCCUGGCCAAUCAGUGGUCUCGAACCACGGCUGAUGAGCUGCCACUCAACCAGGGGGCGGACGCAGCCCGGGCGGCCAUCGCCUUCUCCUUCUUCUCCAUAAUCACCUGGGCCGGACUAACAGUGCGUGCGGUCCAGAAGUAUCUGCUCGGCACAGACAUGACUCUGUUCACCACGGAGCACAUGGACGGCGGUGCGCCCACCCAGCCGUACCCCUCCAACUCACCAGGAGCAGGAGGCACCACCACCGAGACCACAGAGACCUACCAGAGCCCGCCAUUCACCGAGAACAACGCAGCACCCACAUACCAGGUUCCCAUUUACUAGAUAGCAUAGACCUGAUGGUGGAAGAGGAAUGAGAGGAAAGUGAUGUUACACCUGCAGUUAUUUAUGUGUUGAUCUGGGCUGAGUUUUCAAGAAUUGUUAAAAAAAAAAAAAAAAAAACGGCCUCUCCUUCUUUGCUCCCUCCUCUCGUUUCCUUUCCUUCCGUAACAUUCCAGCUUUAUUCUUGACCUGUAUGUUAAACUCAAAUUCCUACUUUCGCAAAUUCCUUGUCGUCGGACCAGAGCAGAUGAGAGAGAGAAAGGAAACAAAGAGGAGGAAAUGUAGAAGAGGAGGCCACCUUUGCAGUAUUUAAAACACUAUUUUGACCAAAACAAGUGAUGAAGGGAUUAACAAGUGAGUGACUCCACCACAAAGCAGUAUUAAGUAGAAAUAGUGCAGAAGGCACUCACAUACAGCACCUUCAUCGUAUUCUUUCCACUCACUGAAGUGUCAAAAUCCCCUAUCAUGCCAAACAGUACGGGGAAUGUUUUGUUUUUUAGCAACAGUACGGUCUGGUUGUUCCUCCCCCGUUUCCCUGCUGCAGUUAAAAGUGAUCAUGUGUGUUCUGCAUGUUUCCAAACUUAGAGAUCAACUAAGUGCCAUACUGUACUGUGUGUCUCAGACAGUGACUUAAUUUAGUAGAUUUCCACAUGCUGUAAAAAAAAACAAUGACAAUGUUUUGUGACUAAGUGCAAUAUCUCACAUUCUUAUGUAGGUCUGUAGGUAGGUAUGUACUGUACUGUAGGUAGGCUAUAGUUAACGUCAGAUUAGACCAAUUUUAGGCGCUGUCUCAGAUUACAUACUAGUCUUUGAAUUGUACUAAUAAAUCUCAGGCAAAUUAAAAUUGUUGGAUCUGAUUUUGAUUGAGCUUCCCUGGUGAAGUUUGCAAGAUAUGGAAAUUAUAUAUGAAUCUAACGGAAAAUAAAAUCAGCCUUGGUCAACAAGCUUUUAUAUAAUCCUUUCAAAUAUUUAUGGUCUUCCUCGAUGUGGUGGAAUCCUUCUUUUAACAUAUUUUAAAGAAAAACAGUGUCACAAUGCAAAAUAGUCCUCGAGUACAUCGUCAGGAAUCUGUGUGAUUCUGGUUCAUUAGUGUACAAGGGUCAGUUUACCACUCUUAAGAUUCAUUGGGGAAACUGUAAUCCACGGUGAAUCACUUUUCAGUCUGUUAUUUUUCUGUGCCAGGCAUGGAUGGAUUAUUGAAUGGGCCUAAGGGGCACAGGCCCAAAGGCAAAAGGGGUCAGGGGGCCUCUGGACCAGAGCCUCUGUUUGAAGUGAUUUUUAACAUUUCUUGUUGGAAAGUCAAUCCAACGACUACAAGGAGACACAAAACGACCACAAAGAAGAUGGCAAAAGAGUCUCAAAGAGACACAAAUGGCCACAAAAGAGAUGAAAAACAACCAUAAAAAUGCCGCCUUCAAAUGGGGUCGUAUUUUCCGUAUUCACGAGAAGAGUUCAUAACCACAAGCUCACGUGUUCCAUUUGAAGGCAGCAAAAGACUCAAAACAACUACAAAGAGACACAAAACAACUACAAAGAGACACAAAAUAACUACAAAGAGACACAAAAUAACUACAAAGAGACACAAAAUAACUACGAAGAGACUCAAAAUGACCACCACCAAGAGGUGGUCAUUACGUGUCUGUGCCCAGGGGCCCAUUGUCCAAUAAUCCGUCCGUGGUACCAGGGAAUGUAUGUAGUGUGUGAUUUGAGACAGCGUCCUAUGUUGUGUGUGUAAAUAGGGCGAGAGGGGAGAUUGUGGGUAAGUCAGGUCUGUUUAUGUUUACGUUUUAGAAGCUGCCAAACUGCCCUAUGUUCUUAUUGCUGUCUUCUGAUUACCACGUUACUACUACGUUGUUAAUGUCUAUAGGAUUUUAUGUAAUCACAAAGCAGGGGGGGCAACAGAUGAGCUUUUAUUCAGCGAGGGAGGUCGAGUUGCUGGAAGAUUCAGUGCAGUCUCAGGCAAAAGAAAAAUCUGUUUGUGGGAUGUUAAGGAUCGCUAGCUGGCUAAUUCAUUGAUCCUGCAAUCCUGCCAUUGAGGGAGGGAGGGGGGGGAGGGGGUUGAAUUUGUUGCCAUGGUGACAGGGACAGGGAUGGGUGGAUGUUGGUCACUAAGGGCCCUGAUGUAGAUAGUUACCAUGCCAACCAUGUCGGUGUGUAGCAGUGUCUGUGUCGUGGUUCACGUACACUCGCCAUCAGCGAAUCUGUAGUUUGUGUGUGAGUGUGUAAAGAGUGCGUCCACGUGCAACAAGUGUACAUGUGCACGUGCAUUAGCAUGCAUGAGAGAGGUGUGUGUGUGAAACUGUGUGAAUGUGUGUAGUUAAUUAAAUUGUGUGGUGCAGAAAAAGUUAUUUUCUUGAACAUGUGUUUGUCAAAGUUUUAGUGCAGAAGAGGAAAUCAGAAGUCUGUUACACCAUCUAAUCAUUUCCCCAAAAUAAAAAUAGUCUUUCUGCUACUAGUUAAGACAUAUGAAUCACAAAGUAUGAAACUAAGUUUUUUUUUUGAUGAACAGAGCCAAAUAUAAACUUCAUAUUAGAGUGAUAGAAUUGACCUGUAGAACGCCUUGCCUGCUAAUCUAACUGAUCCUUUAUAAAACAGCGCCCUCUGCUGACCAGCGAAGGUACUGCAGCCGUAGUGGGACAACUGGGGCUCUCAAGAGUUUUAAAAGUAAUCAUGAUAAUAAUGCAUGAAACUGUAUUGUAUAGAUCUCAUUAUAUAUUGAAUACUAUGUAAUUCUUAAGUUUGACAAGUUGUUUUGCAAAGUGAGAUUCGCCAGCCGUGGACAGCAUUCCUUCUUGUGUUAUAUUAAUCACAGUUUAUUGUCAGAAGUGUGACCAUGUUGCCCACAACAACUCUUUCAUUUAUUCACUCUCAACCUCAUGAUCUUGUUGGUCACACGUACACUAGUGUGUACAUAUCUCAAAGCUCCAGGGUGAAACCAUCCCAGAAUGCUGAAAACUAUAAACUGUAGUGAUGUAGUCGGGCCUUGAGAUAGUAUACAGGCUGUGUAUUCCUAUUCCAGUUAGAUAAGACACCUACUCACACAAAUCAGGUGAUAAUGAAAUUUGUUCAUUAUUUAUGAGGUUAAUGACUCACAGACUAACAAUGCCGAUUCUGAAUUUCAGUCUUAAGGCGAAUGGAAAUGAAGCCAAUUUCUGUCUGCUCUAGUUCCAGCGCUAAAAAGGAUUAAGAUCAUAUCAAAGUAAAUCUUGUAAAACAGAGCCAAGACCACUCCGUUUUAAGAUUUACCUUUGAGCAUGACUUUUAAAAACACCAUUUUAUUCACCAGUCUGUCAGCGAGUGCAUAGUUAAGUGGGUUAUAUGUUAUAAAUUGAGGGAUAAUUUCGGUAUUUUGGUUCAGGAAAAUGGUGCAACAGUGCUGUGGAGUAAUACUGGAUGGGGUUUCAGGUUUCCAAAUACUCUCAAGGUACUCGGGGUAUGGUUUGGUACCAGUUAAGUCUAAUUGGUGCAAGUUUAAAAGGACUAUUCUUUGUGGUUUUUCAUGUUGUAGCCCAUUACCUACAAUUUGUUUGAACAUUACUGCCAACUAUUCCUUGAAGCAAUUGAUUUUUAAUCUUUAAAAAACAGCCAUUGGCUUUGGUUGAUUCUAAUAUGAUAUGAAUAUCAGCUUAGAGAGACGUGAAAUGUUAAAAUUCGACCUGAUACCACUCCCCCAAGAAUGAAACUCUGACACAAUAUUACAGUUAUAACCCUUAAAGCAUGAAUAAUUAUGCUAAAAUAUGAAAAAACACCAGUAUAGUUCUUUAAAUCUCGGGUAUUACUGGUAACCUGUUAACUGUGGUGAGGUGAGACUGGGGUGUUGACGGUGGUAUUAUGUACUAUUGGGGUACUAUUAGGUACUAUUGGGGUACUGUCAGGUCAGGUUGUAUUAUUGUUCUCAGUGCUUGUCUCUUCUUCAGUCAGUGUGGUAGAUAAAAAUAAUACAAGCAUUCUCUAUGUUUUGUGCUCUGGCCCAUGUACACUACCGUGGUAUUGGUUGAUUGUAAAAUUCAGUACGUUAUUGAAGUAAAUGGAACCUGUGUGUGAUGCUGUUUAGGGUAUGGUUUGUCCUGUACUACUGAAAAUAUAAAAAUAAUAUUAAUAAUGAUUAUUUAUUAACUAGAAUGCACUCUUUGUUGGAAAUACUUUGUUUGACCACUCUUAAAGGAGCCGUCGGCACCAAAAUCAAUGUGAUCAUGCUGUCGUUUUGUUAGACUGAGGUUAUAAAAAGGUGAUGAUUUGUAGUAAUGCAGGUGCCAUCAGUUGUGUGGUUUCCAGUAUAAUACAUUGCAUGGAUGUUACAAUAUCCCCCCCCCAUAAUAUUGAUAAUAAAAUGUAACCCCCACCAUCGACCAACAAACAAGUAAACAUUGAUUUUGUAGCGUGCUGCCCCUUUAACAUGUUUCCUCUGAGUUGUUUCUUCCUGUUCUGAAGAUGUUUGACCUCUUCAGUGUAAAAAACGCCGUGUACAGAGAUGUGUGUCACUGUCUAUUACCUGAAUGUCUCUGGACUGCAGUCUGACCGUCACUCAAAUAAAAAAGAAAACAUGUUUUGGA